UCAGAAUCGUUUAACAAUCUUCCCCCAAUUUCCACUGCGUCGUUGGAUAACGGCUGGACAAAGUGAGGGAGAAGCGGCCACGAAGGUCAAAUCUCGCUCAUGGCUCUCCUCCUCGGCUCAAUCCUCCUCCCCGCCAAGUGGGAGAAUAGAUUUCCAUCUCCUUCAACGAUUUCCGCCAUGGAGAGGCGGCGGAUGAAGCCUUCGUUCUCCGUCAAGGCUUUCGUGAAUCCCUUGGACGAUCCCAUCCUCAAGCAAGCCUUCAAGGAGCCGGUGGCGUUCGUGGGCGGGGUGUUCGCGGGCCUCCUGCGGCUCGAUUUGAAUGAGGAGCCGCUCCGGGAGUGGAUCGCCAAGACCGUCGAGGUCGCCGGGAUCGACGCCGAGGGUGACGCCCAAGGGAAUGCGGCGGAGGCGGACGACGAGGGUCCUCAGCCGAUCGAGAUCGAGUGAGGUUCUGUGCGGACACUAAAAAUGAACGAAUGAAUGCUUGAUGGUAAAGUGAAGUGGUUCGAGUGCAAAUCUCUUCCAUAGGUACGUAGAUUGUGGUAAAUCUCUUCAGAAAUUUACGAACAAAUUUAUAUGCAUAAAUGCAUAUUCUAAAGACACAACAAGAACAAAUUUUUUCGAAUUGCCAGAACAUCAAGAGACAAGAAGAAGGCUAUUGAGGUAGAAAAACAAUACAAGGGCUUCAUAUGAGAUGAACUUGAGAGUUUGCUAGAGGUGUGAAUUUUGGAUGUGUGCAAUCCAUAGACUACUUACUAUAUUGUUCUUGAAAAAUAAGGCAUAAGCUUCACUACUGUUUCUUAUUA